UUCAGUAGAGCUUAGCUUUUAAGUACUCACCAUGUUUAACCGUUUAACAAGUACUGGGAUGACAGAAUGAAGAAUCUCUUCAUUCACCCUGCAAUUGUACUUGUUCUCUUUCUCCCAAGUUUAGUAUUCUAACUGACAAGUUUCCUCUUGAUUCUGUCUUUCAAUGGCACCCACCGGCAGAAGAACGUCAAGAAAAGCGAGCAAGCCACGAAGAAGUCAUCACCGAAGGAAGCUUGACAAGCCCAGUAUUCAAACGACAUCAGUGUUGUUGGAGGAUUUGCCUUCCAAUUCUUCCCCCAUAAGCUCAGAUAAUCUUUCCACCAAAGGAGUUGAUGAUGAUAUAAGUCCUUGCUCUACCCCGAAAGCUCCGAGGUUUCGGAUACCGGAGGUGGAAACAUGCCCUCUGGCACCCAAGAAACAAAGGGUUCUCUCCAAUUGCUCAUUGCAAAGAACACCUAUUACUUUCUUUGCUCCUCCGGAGUUGGAGCUCUUCUUCUUCUUUGCACAUAGGGAUAUCUCAGUCUGAUGCCCACAAAUAUAAACACCGUUUCAUUAGUUUUAAGAUUAUUAGUUGUCUCUUUUGUUUGAUUUCACCGAGUACAGUUUAAGAACUUCUUUUAUGAGUGAUUUGGAGAAGGAAAAGUUGGUAGCUAUUUUGCUUAGUUUUUUGGGGCAAAUUUUGUUGGGUUUUCAAGUUUGUAGGGUAUGCUAAUCACUACAUCUAGCUGGGGCUCCCUCUCCAACUAAGUUUAGCUUUAAUUCCUUCUUUUUUUUAUAUUUUUCAGAUGUAUUGCUGACUUUUGGAAGUGUGCAAUAUUGUAAUAG